GGCGCCGCCCCCCACAUACCAGCGCCGCACGCUCCUCUCUGAUUGUUGUCAGUAUUAAACCCACCAAUAUAAGUCGCCAGUUGUUAUACCCUCCUCCGGGAAGCGAAAGCCAGGUCCUCGUCUGUGAGGGGCGGAAAAAAGGGGCUGCUAUCUCAAGAAGCGAAGACAUUCUCUGCAAGUCAAUAAGGAUCUCUUACAGCCCACAAUGUUAAGGAUCUGCCUGUGCGUUUGCGCCAUGAUCAGCCGCAUCGCUUCGCAGGAGGCGGAGGAGCCCGUAACGUACACGUGCACAGAUGGCUAUGAAUUUGAUCCUGUUCGACAAAAAUGCAAAGAUAUCGAUGAAUGUGCCAUCCUAUCUGACGCCUGCAAAGGGGGCAUGAAGUGCAUCAACCAUUUUGGCGGGUACCUCUGCCUCCCCAAGAGUGCCCAGAUAUUCAUCGGCAACGAGGACGAGAGUCCCGUGGAGGAAGCCCCCGCUCCCGCCCCCCCAACAUGGGUCCAGCCUGGCCAGGGGGCAGGCUCACAUAGUAGCAGGCCGGUGCGAUGUGCUGUGGGGUUCGCACCAGAUGAGCAGAACUACUGCAGAGAUAUCGAUGAGUGUGCCACGGGGCGGCACAGCUGCGGCACUGACCAGAUCUGCCACAACACCAGGGGCUCCUACACCUGUCAGUGCCAUCCAGGAUUCCAGAAAAGCGGAGAUCGUUGCGUAGACAGAGACGAGUGUGCGUCCCGUUACUGCAUGCACAGAUGCGUGAACACCGUGGGCUCCUACUACUGUGAAUGCAACAUUGGCCACCAGUUGGCGAGAAACAACCACACCUGCGUGGAUAUGAACGAGUGUGAGGUCUCAAAUCCAUGCCAGCACCGGUGCUACAAUCUCAUGGGCUCCUUCAUCUGCCAGUGUGAUCAAGGCUACAAACUAGCUGCAGACUCCGUGUCCUGUGAAGAUAUCGAUGAGUGCAGCAUUGCCGGCUACCGUUGCCGCUUCCAGUGUGUGAACAACUUGGGGGGGUACUCCUGCACCUGCCCGGAGGGAUACCAGGUCCAGGGAACAGGAAUGUGUCAAGAUGUAAACGAAUGCGAAGGCGACAAUGAUUGCAGGGAAGACGAGAUGUGCUGGAACUACCAUGGUGGCUAUCGCUGCUACCGCAGGAACCCCUGCGAGGAACCUUACGUGAGGACAGGAGAGAACCGCUGCUUCUGCCCAUCGUCGAGUGCCUGCGAGGACCUACCUAUGUCGAUCGUGCACAAAUACAUGAGCAUCCUGUCAGACCGCUCUGUGCCAGCUGACAUCUUCCAGAUCCAGGCGGCCAACAUAUACCCAAAUAUACAGAAUACCUUCCAGAUCAAGUCGGGCAACGAGGGGCGUGAAUUCUUCCUGAGGCGCUCCAGCAAUGCCAGCGCCAUGCUGGUGAUGACCAAGUCACUGACGGGGCCACGAGAGCUCAUCCUGGAGCUGGAGAUGAUCACCUACAACAUGGUCACCCAGCACCGUUCCAGCUCCUUGCUACGGCUCACCAUCGUCGUGGGGCCCUACGACUUCUAACACCCCCCUCCCCCCACUUCCUGUGGUGCCGCUGCAUCACUUCCUGUGUAAAAGAUACCCAGCAUGCUCCAGUAUAUCCAUUUAACGCAGCGAUGGUGGGAGAUUACCAGCAGCUUGCUUCAUUCCUGGAGGAAGAUGAAGAUGUAUUUAAGAUAAAAACGUAACAGAGCAGCUCUUAUUCAUUAUUUUAUUUUUGUUUUUAGUACUAUUGCUUGGCAGGAGUGACACAGUGACUGGUGCUGAUGUCUGUUGGCCCCGAGCUAUAAAGUAGGGCCUAAGAGUCCAUACUGACUCGAACAGGAGUUGCGCAAAUGUCUUUGAUGGUGAAACCAUGAGCUUGCGAGACUUUUGGUUAUUUAUAAAGAGAGGAAUCCUUUUGCCAUUCAGAAAGAAAGCCUGACUCACUCGCAGUUAAAUUCCUACAAGCACCUCACUUGCGCCUUCUCUCCAUUUUUUUUUCCUCGGGGCCCCAGGAGUAUCUCUGUCACCACGACCUACGUAGGUGUCGCAUUUCCCAGCAGGCUGAUUCUACACAGAGCGUCACUGAGCUGCUUAAAGACACAGAAAAAAGCCCCUGCUUAUAAUAUAGUACGGAGAUAGCUGUAUGUAUUAUGACUCUUGUCAUCGAGAGAUGAAUGAUUUUUCCUGAGGGUCAGGGCCUGUAUUUAUACGUCAGUCACCUUGAUGCAGCCUUCAUUUUUAAUUCUCUUGCAGGUUUGGCCAAAACUGUGGAAUGGUUGGAAUGUUGGUCAGUAAGAAUAAUUAUGCUCUAUACUCUACACAUGUGCCUGGAUUAACUUCAGUUACUUAGAUACUUAUUAAAAGCCAUAUUUUUAUAGCUUGUUAUUUAACUGGGGCAGUUGAGGUUAGAUGCCUUGCUCAAAGGUACAAUAGCAAGACCCCCCAGAUUUCAAGUGAGUGAUCUUUGGCUUGUGAGGCCCUGUCCUUAUCCGCUCGGCCCAAAUGACCUGCAACCAGCAGAACUGUUUUUGGUAUUUUAAGUAUUGGAGCAGCGUUGUGUUCUGGGCUGCGGCUGCUUGGUUGAACUAGCUGCCCUAACCAUACGUGAAUCUGCGGCCAGUGCAGGCAGUAUGGAUCCACGAUUUGUAAAUGAUAGCACCCACAGUGCAGGCUUCAAACUGUGGGAUUCAUGUCAAUGUCAGUCCUCCCCACCUCAAAGACGCACAAUGUGCCUCACCCGGUGAGCACUGAAGCGUUAUACGUCUAAACCGCUGCAACGGCAAUAAACUCUGUCCGGUUUUGCUUUAUUUCUUAUUGCGGUACAAGCCGAGUUAUUUUUACCUGAGAAGGAGUUAUUUUCAGCGCGAAAAGCCUUUUAGAAGAUGUCAUGUGCCCCCCCCCCCCCCCAUGAAGGCUUAACCGUUCCCUUUCUGCUUGUCCUCUUAAAUUUUAUACUUAAACUAUAUUUUUUCACACCUAAUUCCUGAGACCUGUUACUCUGAUGUUUGUGAAGUAAUUUUGUAAUUAAAUAAAAUUGAAAAUGGUACAUUU